GAAGUGUUCGGAUCCCUUCAUCUCAGCAUCUUCCCACCGAAAAGACAAUACAACGGAGAUCGAGAGAAAAGACUUUGAAUUUCUCCUUCGCUUUUCGUAACCCCUGUUUGAAACCAUGGCGGCGGAUCUUGUCUCGAGCCCCUUAAGACCUUUGUUUCCCAAUCAAGUAAGUAAGGUGAAGAAAGGCGAUAAUGAUCGCAGGUUGUCUGUUGAGAGAAUCUACCAGAAAAAGACACAGCUGGAGCACAUUUUGCUCCGUCCUGACAGUUACAUCGGCUCUGUGGAGCCAGUUGUGCAACAAAUGUGGGUGUUUGAUGAAGAAAUUGGCCUUAAUUGGAGAGAAGUGACUUUUGUUCCUGGUUUGUACAAGAUAUUUGAUGAAAUUCUAGUGAAUGCAGCUGAUAACAAGCAGCGGGAUAAAAACAUGUCCUGCAUCAAAAUCAAUAUUGACCCUGAGAACAACACCAUUACCGUGUGGAACAACGGAAAGGGAAUUCCAGUUGUGGAGCAUAAAAUAGAGAAGGUUUUUGUUCCUAAUCUCAUUUUUGGCCAGUUACUGACCUCCAGCAACUAUGAUGAUGACCAGAAGAAAGUCACUGGUGGUCGAAACGGUUAUGGUGCAAAACUCUGCAACAUUUUCAGCACAAAAUUUACAGUGGAAACUGCUUGCAGGGAGUACAAGAAAUCUUUCAAACAGACUUGGAUGAACAAUAUGGGAGACGCACAAGAUGCUAAAAUCAAGUCCUUCGAUGGUGAUGACUAUACUUGCAUCACUUUUCGACCUGAUCUCCCUAAAUUCAAGAUGCAGAUCCUUGACAAAGAUAUUGUGGCGCUAAUGUCACGGAGAGCAUAUGAUAUUGCUGGUACCUGCAAAGGUGUCAAAGUAUUCCUAAAUGGCAAGAAAUUACCCGUUUCUGGAUUCCGUAGCUAUGUGGACCUUUAUGUAAAAGACAAAGUGGAUGAAACAGGCAGCCAACUAAAAAUAAUCCACGAAGUUGUAAAUGAACGGUGGGAAGUCUGUAUGACUAUGAGCGAAAAAGGCUUCCAACAGAUAAGCUUUGCAAAUAGCAUUGCUACCACAAAGGGUGGGAGACAUGUUGACUAUGUCACUGACCAAUUAGUGAACAAACUAAUUGAAGUUGUUAAGAAGAAAAAUAAAGGAGGGGUUGCAGUGAAGCCAUUUCAGAUCAAGAAUCACCUUUGGAUCUUUGUGAACAGUUUGAUUGAAAACCCAACAUUUGACUCCCAGACCAAAGAGAACAUGACCCUUCAAGCAAAGAACUUUGGGUCACAAUGUGUGUUGUCCGAGAAGUUCAUCAAAGCGGCAAUUAACUGUGGUGUCGUUGAAAGCAUCAUGAACUGGGUUAAGUUUAAAGCUCAGAAUAUGCUUAAUAAGAAAUGCUCAGGAUUAAAACAAACAAAAAUCAAAGGAAUUCCUAAACUGGAUGAUGCUAACGAUGCUGGGACAAAACAUUCUCAUGGCUGUACCCUCAUCCUGACAGAGGGAGAUUCAGCCAAGACCUUGGCUGUAUCCGGUCUAGGAGUAGUUGGACGAGAUAGAUAUGGUGUGUUUCCUCUUAGAGGGAAAAUUCUCAAUGUACGAGAAGCUACUCACAAACAGAUUAUGGAAAAUGCUGAGAUCAACAAUGUGAUAAAAAUCAUUGGUCUUCAGUACAAGAAGAAUUAUGAUGAUGAGGAAUCUCUGAGGACACUCCGUUAUGGAAAACUGAUGAUUAUGACAGAUCAGGAUCAAGAUGGUUCACACAUCAAGGGCUUGUUGAUCAAUUUCAUUCAUCACAACUGGCCUUCACUGCUCAGGCAUAACUUUAUUGAGGAGUUUAUUACUCCAAUUGUGAAGGUGUCAAAAAACAAGCAGGAACUGGCGUUUUACAGUAUCCCUGAAUUUGAAGAAUGGAAAACUAACACAGACAACAGCAAAACUUGGAGAAUAAAGUACUACAAAGGUUUGGGUACGAGCACUGCUAAGGAGGCUAAGGAAUAUUUUGCUGAAAUGCAGAAGCAUCGAAUCCCCUUUAAAUAUGGCGGACCAGAAGAUGAUGCUGCGAUCACCCUGGCAUUCAGUCGGAAAAAAAUCGAUGAACGUAAAGAAUGGCUGACUAACUUCAUGGUUGACAGGAGACAGAGAAAAAUACAUGGAUUACCAGAUCAAUACUUGUAUGGGAAAGAAACAAAACAUUUGACAUACAAUGAUUUCAUCAACAAGGAACUGGUGCUCUUCUCAAACUCUGACAAUGAGAGGUCAAUUCCUUCAAUUGUGGAUGGACUGAAACCUGGUCAGCGCAAGGUUCUAUUCACCUGUUUUAAGCGAAAUGAUAAACGUGAAGUCAAAGUUGCCCAAUUGGCUGGUUCUGUUGCUGAGAUUUCAGCCUAUCAUCAUGGUGAGGGAUCUCUUAUGAUGACAAUUGUUGGAUUAGCUCAGAACUUUGUGGGCAGCAAUAAUAUCAAUCUUCUGCAGCCACUUGGUCAAUUUGGUACAAGGCUUAAUGGAGGUAAAGAUGCAGCAAGUCCUCGAUACAUUUUCACUAUGCUCAGUAUUUUGACUCGCCGGUUGUUCCCCUCAACGGAUGAUGCUCUCCUGAAAUACCAGGAUGAUGAUAAUCAGCGAGUGGAGCCGGAGUGGUAUAUCCCUAUUAUUCCUAUGGUGCUAGUGAAUGGUGCAGAUGGUAUUGGCACAGGAUGGGCAUGCAAAAUCCCAAAUUAUGAUGUAAGAGAAAUUGUUAAUAAUAUCAGACGUAUGCUGGAUGGAGAUGAUCCAGUGCCCAUGCUUCCUAAUUACAAGAACUUCAAGGGUACAAUUUUUGAAUUGGGUACCAAUCAGUUCAUGAUUAAUGGUGAAAUCUCAGUGUUGAAUACCACCACAAUCGAAAUUUCUGAACUCCCAGUCAAGACAUGGACUCAGACUUACAAGGAGCAGGUACUAGAACCAAUGUUGAAUGGAACAGAGAAGACUCCAUCAUUGAUCACUGGUUACAAAGAGUACCACACUGAUACCACUGUACGUUUCACAAUAACAAUGACUGAACAGAAACUGGCUGAGGCAGAAGCAGCAGGACUGCACAAAGUCUUCAAACUAAAUGUCCCUCUUACAUGCAAUUCAAUGGUGUUGUUUGACCAUGCUGGCUGUCUGAAGAAGUAUGAAAAUGUACAAGACAUACUGAAAGAGUUUUUUGACUUGCGUAUGAAAUACUAUGGUUUAAGAAAAGAUUGGCUUGAGGGAAUACUGGGAGCAGAAUUUAGCAAAUUAAGCAACCAGGCUCGUUUUAUCUUGGAGAAGAUUGAAGGCACAUUGGUUAUUGAAAACAAACCAAAACGUGAAUUGAUCCAGUUACUGCUUGACCGAGGUUAUGACUCAGAUCCUGUGAAAAGCUGGAAAGAAUCUCAGGAAAAGGAGCAAGAAUCUGAGCUGGAGAAUACUGAGGAAGAGGAAACCACCACUUCAUCUGGGGCAGAUUUCAACUAUCUUUUGAAUAUGCCCUUGUGGUAUCUCACCAAGGAAAAGAAGGAUGAAUUGCUUAAGCAAAGAGAUGUCAAAGAAAAAGAAUUGAAAGAUCUGAAAAGAAAAAGCCCAACAGAUAUAUGGAAGGAAGACCUAGCAGCCUUCAUUGAGGAGCUUGAGCGUGUGGAAAUGCAGGAAAAAGAUGAUGAGUUGGCUCACAUUUCUAAGGCUGUCAAAGGGAAAGGUGGUAAGGGUAAAAUGAAGAAGCUGCAGUUGGAAGAAACCAUGCCAUCUCCUCAAGGCAGAAGGGUUGUCCCCAGAAUUACCACUGCCAUGAAGAUGGAGGCCACCAGGAAAAAUAUCAAGAAAAAGGGAAAGGGCGAAACAGAUUCUCUUGCUGUUAAGAUUGAAUUUGGUGACAAAGAGGGAAGUUCUCCUGAAAAUGGAAGUCUUGCAGAACGACUUUCCAAGAAAGUGAAAACUGAAGCAGGGACCAGGACUAAGCCAACAGCUCAGAAACAGACUAAACUUCAAUUUAAACCUCUUGCAAAGAAAAAGGACCCCUGGUCAGAUUCAGGUUCAGCAUCGGAAUCAGAUGAUGACAUGGAGAUUGUUGAACUUCCUCCCAGACAGAAACCACAAAGGGUGGCAGCUUCGAAGGCCAAAUAUGUGCUUGGAUCAUCUGAUGAGGACAAUGACAAAAUGACGAGUGAUCAGGAAAGUGAUGAUGAAUUUCAUAUUUCUGACAGUGAAACUGAGUUCUCAGCUCCAAAGGCAAAUAAGAAAGCUCAGACAAAGGCUUCGGAAAAAUCUGUUCCCCGUGAGAAUGCAAUUUUGCAAUCAUCACAGACAUCUUCCAAAGCAUCCAUAGAGGACAUUCAAAAGAAUAUUCCUGUAGUUGAUGAUUCUUUAUCCCCCUCCGAUUCUGUUGAUGAACCUGAAGCUCCCACAAUCAAUUCCACCACAUCUAAACCUACAGCCAAAAAACCAGCAGCCAAACCUGCUGGAGAAAAAGCAGCUCCAAAAAAACGUGCUCUUGGCAAAAAAACCACUGCUGCUUCUAAGAAAGAUGAAAACCAACCUUCCAUUUUUGAUGUUCUCACCAAACAAAAGGCUGCUCCAAAAUCUUCCAAGACUGCUACAAAAUCAAAAAACAAAAUAUCUUCUGAUGAAGACAAUGUUCCAAAGAAAGUUGCUAAGGCUAAAAAACCUAAAAGGAAAAAGGACAGUGACUCAGAUUCUGAAUCUGACUUUGGAUCAAAGCCUGCAAAAGCAACUACAAACAAAAAAUGCAAGAUGUUGGACGAUGACAGUUUCCGUAUCGAUAUUGCUGAAGAUUCCAAUUCAAGUGUUGAUCUAGGUGGAGCACCUAGAAUGACCAGCCGUGCGAAAAAGCCUGUUCAGUAUUUAGAGGACUCUGAUGAUGAUGAUUUGUUUUAAAUUUUUAAAUAUCUGGACCCAGUUGAUAUGUGCACUGCCAAUUUUGGCAUUGGGCUGUAUAGACCAAGGAAGUUCCAGUAUAGCUUUAUAAUGUUAUGUUAUAUUGGAUUAUACUGGGGACAAGAGUCUUCCUUGGUGUGGUUUGAGGAGGGGAGGGGAGUAGUGGAUGGAAAUUGAACCAGACUCCUGAUUCUAACCACUGCUGGGGAAAAAUGCAUAUGUUAUAGACUUUGGAUUGAAUAACCUUUGUCUAUUUUCUAACCUUCUGUAUGAGGAAUGAUCUAAUAGGCUGCAAAUGCCAGUGAAAUAUCCCAUGAAAUGAAAUAUUUUGGAACGAUGCUGGCUAAUUUUUAGUUUUAAUUUUUAUCUGUCUAUUGUAAAUAUUUGCUAGCAACUGAUUCUUAUACUCUCACUUACCUGUUCUCUUGCACUUCACUUCCUGAAACUUUUUCAAAUUUCUGAAAUAAAGUUUUGCUACAAGGUA